AUGGUCGCGCCGCUUGUACCAAAGGGCAAGAAUGUGGACGAGCUGCAGCAAGGCCUGGAGGAGGCUUUAUAUUCUUACAUUGAUGCAGCCCCGAAAAAGAAAGAGGAGGACCUUGAAGGGCAGGUGGAAAAGGUGGAGCAGUUGCUAUCAGCGGGAGCAUGCCCCAACACCGCGGGUCCGCGCGGAGCCACGCCCCUUUCCCAACCUGCGUUCCAGGGCCGCGCGGCAGUGGUCGAUGUGCUGCUCCAGAGCCGGGCUCAGGUGGGCCUUCGUGACAGCAACGGGCGCACGCCGCUGUUCCUAGCAGAGCAAGGAGGCCACUUGCAGGUGGUGCAGAUGCUGCUUCAGCGCAAUGCCCAGGUGGACUCCUUCGACAGCUCGGGACGCACACCCCUUCUCGAUGCAGCGGAGUGGGGCACCUCAGAGAUGGUUGACGCACUGCUCAGAAGCAAGGCCGGGGUGAACUUCUGCGACAUGCACGGCAACUCACCCCUGUCCGCAGCAGCAGGAAAGGGUGCCUCGGAGAUAGUGAGGAUGCUUCUCAAGAGCAGAGCGCAGGACUCCGGCACCCAACAGGCCGCCUCCAAACGAUGCCUGACAGCUUUGGACGAGGCCGCAAGACACGGCCACUCAGAGGUGGUCGACCUCCUCGUCAAGAGCAGGGCCCAGGUGGAGCCCCUAACGCUCCUCCGUGCUGCGCUCACACACCAGAAAGACCAGGUGCGCGUGGUCGACCUGCUGCUCGAGAGCAGGGCUCAGGUGGACCGCCAAACGGUGACGGCUGUUGCAAAGUACGGCUCUCCGGAUGCACCCAACCGGGUGCCACCAAACGGCCGGCCGCUGCCCAGUGGGGAGACGCCGUACGUGAGACGAAAAGUCGUCGAUCAGCAGGAGAAGUAUCGACGCCAGCAGGUCAAGGGUGCCAAUGCGCUUCCACCCAUCAUCCAGCGCAGCAGCAGUCCAAGGUCACGGCCUUCGCCAGCCGGCAUCGAGGAAGCUCGCUUUGCACGGUCCAUGGAGGCCUUCCAAGCCGAAACGGAGUUUCUGGAGCAGCAGGGCCUGGACAUGGGCCGCUUGGCAUGCCUUUUGGCCUUUGACACCUUCCGAAGCAGCAAAGGCAAGCUCACCGAAUCUGCGGACACGGCCUCAGCUUGA